AUGGACAACACAGGGGAAAGAAAAUCAUCAGGCAAAUCGACUGCCAGUGACGUCAGCUCAGAGACUGCAUCAUGCAGACCCUAUUCUUCACCAGAAACACCAGCUGCUUUUUCUUCAUCACAAGUAGUUAGAUCAGCUACUCCAUCCACUUGGUAUGCACCUUCCAGUCCUUCAGCUGCAUCUUUAUCAAGAGUUGGUCAUUAUUCACAGUCACCUGCAGACUCAAUGGACUCCCACAACAGUCAAAAUGAGUGUACAUGUAAUCCUUCACCCAAGUUUCCACCGUCAGUCAGAGUCCCAACUCAGUCAAACAAUGUCAGUAACUCAACACCAUCAAAUAAAUCAGGAGAGGGGAAAAGAAAAUUGUCAACCAGUUGGAGUACCCCAGAUCCUAAACAAGCCAAUCUCACACCUGUGGAAAAAACAGCAGCAGACUCUAAACACAGUAAAAGACUUGGUACACAGGACUGCUAUAACCACCCUCCACUGCUCAGUUUUAAAGUCCCAGAGUUAAGUGAUCUUCCCAACACGUGGAGUAAAUGGAACGAUGUUGAACUCCCUGUCGAUUUUCUAGUACUGACAGUGGAGGAUUGUGAGUUCCUAGGAUUUUUUUCCUAUCUCGAAAAGCCCUUUAGGAGUUACUCCAGAGAAGUUGGUUGCGUUUACUUUGGCUUCUUGGGUAAUGGUGGUGGGAAGAAGUUGAAAGUUGCACUGAUGAGGUCUUCCAAAGGUUCUGCUGUUCCUGGUGGGUCUCUAACCGUCGCAAAAGACGCUGUCCAUGUACUGAGACCCAAGGCUGUAUUUUCGGUGGGGGCCUGCAUUGGAUUGAAUCAUGAUAAAGGCAAACUAGGAGAUGUAGUUGUCUCCUCAAAGUUAACAACAGCCGUCUACAAAACCCCUGCAAGCAGAGACGUUAGCAACCUCAUUAGACAUGCAGCUGACGGCUGGCAGGCACCUUUAGAAAACCCAGGUGCUCUGGAAGUAAGAGUACACUGUGAUAGUGACUUAUUGAGUUGGCCAGAGGGGGUUAGUGAGGACAUUAACCCGCGAUGCGCUGAGGCAAUUGCAGUUGAAAUGGAGGGGGAAGGUCUGUUUACCGCAGCCCAUGACCUAAAGACAGAAUGGGUUGUCGUUAAAGGUAUCAAAGACUACAAAGAUGGCAGUCAAUCUUUAACUGCUGAUGAGUGGGGGGUUUUUGCCAGUGUCAUGGCGGCUUCAGUUGUGGCUAACAUUCUGAACGAUGCUGCUGUCUUUCAAGAAUGGCCCAAUUACCAAGGUAAGUCCUCUGCUUUCCAGCCGUCCAACCGGAUGUUAGACGCCAAACUGAAAAAGAUAAAGAAGCACGCCAUUGGGCGUGAAGACCUUCGGCGUCUGAAAGAGAGCGCUGUUAUUAAUCCAAAAACUCCUCGAGGUCUCCUAUAUAACGUCUGGUUUCAUGUCGCCCUGUAUUUCCCUCGACUUGGACGGGAAGGACAGAGAAAAUUGACGAAGGCCAGUUUCCUAUUCCUCCAGGAUGAAGGCAACAACUGGUACGCAACCAUGGCCCAUGACGAGUCAAGAAAAACACACCAAGGAGGGAAAUAUGACACCGCCACAAACUACGAGAAACGUAGAAGAAUGUACCAGACAGAGCAUCAGAGUGAUGGAUUUAAUGCCCUCCAACUUUACUGCAGGAAACUCAACCCUGCUUGCAACGCUUUUUUCCAGUUUCCGAAGCGGUACUGGAAUGGGCCAGAAGAAUCAGUGUGGUUCGAAAAUCGAUGUCUAGGCGUAAACAAGCUCGGUAGCAUGAUGGAAGAGCUCAGCAAAAAGGCUAAUCUUUCUCACGUUUAUACCAAUCACUGCAUCAGGGCAACAGCUGUAACACUGUGGUCGGAUGCUGGUUUGUCAAAUUCCCUGUCAAGCCACGGGAAUGAAAAUUCCCUCAAGAGCUACGACGCUCGUCCAUCUUCGCAGCAGCUCCAGGAGUGCAGUAAUGUUCUCUCAUCUACCCUGAAUCCAAAAGCCACACCAGCCGAUCAGCAAAUGCAAGUCUUACGAGGGAAUCAGCAACAACUUCAACAAUCUGGAUCCGUGGCUUGUGCUAUGAUUCCUAACCAGCAAAACUUCACAAGGCAUGAUGAGCAAUUCAAUUUCUCAACCAUGUUCUCGGGCUGCCAAAUCGGGCAAGUUCACGUGAUUUUCAAGAGUGAUCAAGCGCAGUGACAUUCGUAUUUAAGUUCUUACCAGAUGAAUUUCAACAUUAUCAUUGAAUUUAAAUAUUUCUUCACCGCUUGUGAAGAAUAGCUUGUUAAGAGUGGCAUGCAUUGUCUUUUGCCUUUGUCAAUAAACGAGUUGGUAUGGCGCUUAGUACUUGAUAAUAUUAAAGAAAAUUAGUCUGACAUCCGUAUGUAUCAGAACAUUCCUUAAAAGUUAAGAAUUUUCCGUUUCAUUGAGCUAACUCCUCUAACCAUUCAUGAAAAUAUACCGGCCUCCCGCCAACUAAUGUCUUUAUUGUUGAAAAGAGCUAAAUCCUGUGAUUGGUCAUAUCCAUGAAGAGUUUUCAGUUCACUGAAAAACUCAAGGAUAGAUUUAUAAAAAACCCGGUAAUUUGUCAAAGUAUUUGACAUUGUAAUGGCACCUGAGUAGGAGAUUUAAUCCUCCCAUUUUUCUGAAGAAGUGGUCUGGAACUGUACACCAAUUUUUCUUGCCUGCGGACAGCAUCCUAGGGAUCAAAGCAAGUUUGAGUGAUUUAAACAUUAGACCCAUGUCAGUCAUACGUAAUCCUCCUUUAUCAGUGUCAUGGUAUAGUCCUGAUCUUUUUAUUUUGUCUUUCGUUUUUCUCAAAAGAAACUUAAAGCAUUUGGUUUUAACCGAGUCUUCGAUUCCUGCGGGGACGGGGAGAUUUGAUGCGGAAUAAAUUAGCUGAGAUAUCCCGAGGGUUUUGAUUAUCAUAACUUUUCCAAAAAGAGUCCGAUCUCGAGAACUCCACAUAUCGAGUUUUGUUUGUAAUACUUUCAGCUUUUGAUUAGAAUUAAGCUCAUCAUUUCCUUUGACGUCGCACGAGAAAUGAACGCCGAGUAUCUUGACGGGACUGCGCCUCCACUUCAUUCCAAGAGGGUUUGCUCCUACUCUUUGCCCAUUUCACAAGCCAGAUCGCUUUUGUUUUCUUAACCUUUAAACAUAAACCGGCUAUGUUCCCAAACUCUUCUACUAUUUCUAAGCCUCUUCUCACAGAGGCUAAGUCAGCAGUGAAUUGUUGGUGUCAUCCGCAAAGAGCGACAGUUUUACAUCAUUUCUGAACAGCUUAAUUCCUUUGAAUUCUGGGUCUUGUCGGAUUUUAUGCGCCAGGAUAUCUGCUGAGAGAAUAAACAGAUAAGGGGACAACGGACAGCCCUGUCUCACCUUUUGACGGUAUAAGCCAAUUAGUUGCAAAACCGUUGUUAAGAACGGCACUUUCAACUUGAUUUUGACUUUUGUAACGCGAAUUUUCCGCAUUGGUUCAUGUGUGGUCAGAUGCGCGUUUUGAUUGGCUUGUAGGAAAGAUGAUUGUCUAGAGCGUGUAUUGAGAAAAUCUUUUGGGAUCAAGAAGUAAAUAAACGCAAUUGCCCUUCAUUUGUCGAAUUAGUUUUUGAGAAAUAAUUUGUUAAAGCAAUA